AUGGAAUCUUUACAAAAUGAUAAAAAUUUCAAUACCGAUACAAUAGAUCAUGAGAAAUUUCAACGUUUACGUCGUAUAGCAUUUUGGGCAUGUGUUAUUUCAUUUAUAUUUGAUAUUACACUUGGUCUUACAGCAUUUAUUAAUUGUAUUCGUACAAAAUCAUUUGUUGGUUUUUCAUAUUCCGUUCAUACAUUUAUGGAUUCAUUAUGUACAAGUUUUGUAUCCUGGCAUUUAAUGGCAAAAACAACUCAUGAUAGUCGUCGUCGUGAUAUACUUGCUUGUUGUGUUAUUGGUGCAUUAUUUAUUGGAUCAUUUCUUGCUAUUGAAAGUCGUGCUAUACAAAGUAUGAUGUCACCACCAAGUGUUCGACCUGAUCUUACUGUUGUUAUAUAUUCUUUUAUACAUAUUAUUGUAUUUACAAUCUUAUCAAUAAUAAAAAUACGUAUUAGUAAACAAAUUCGAUCCAUAGCAUUAAAAUAUGAUACAUUAAAUUCAAUUAUUGGUAUUAUUAUGGUUUUACCACUUAUAGUUUGGGAUCGUGUUGUAUUUAUUAAUCAAUUUACACAUCUUGAUGAUCUUAUACAAGCUUUAAUGGCUUUAUUUUUAUUUCUUGCUGGAGGAAAAUUAAUAUUAGAUUCAAUAACAAUAAUGAAUACAGAAUAUGCUCGUAAAAUACGUGAAGAAAAAUUAAAAAAGAUGUUACACGAAAGUGACGAUGAUGAUCAUGGUCAUGCUUUCGGCGGAAUUAACACUAGUAAUUAUGUUAUUGGUACUUGA